AUGAGAGUGGCGGUGGUUGGCGGCGGAUUAGUGGACUUUUCGGCGUUUGUUCUUGCAAAAGCAGGCGUUGAUGUCGUGCUUUACGAGAAGGAAGACUACCUUGGCGGCCAUGCGAAGACUGUCACUUUCGAUGCCAUUGAUUUAGACCUCGGUUUCAUGGUCUUCAAUCGCGUAACAUAUCCAAAUAUGAUGGAGUUCUUUGAGAGUCUAGGAGUUGAUAUGGAGAUAUCAGAUAUGUCAUUCGCAGUGAGCUUAGACAAAGGCCGCGGCUGCGAAUGGGGUAGCAGAAAUGGUCCCUCCAGCUUGUUUGCACAGAAGAAGAAUAUACUCAAUCCAUACUUCUGGCAAAUGAUUCGCGAAAUUAUCAAGUUUAAGAAUGAUGUUCUCGGUUAUGUUGAAGAGCUCGAAAACAAUCCAGACAUUGAUCGCAAUGAGACCUUGGGGCAGUUUGUAAAGUCGCGGGGCUACUCGGAGUUAUUUCAGAAGGCUUAUCUUAUUCCAAUAUGUGGUUCGAUAUGGUCGUGCCCCUCUGAAGGAGUAUUGAGCUUCUCUGCUUUCUCUGUUCUUUCAUUUUGCCGCAAUCAUCAUCUACUUCAGCUCUUCGGCCGCCCACAAUGGCUUACUGUCAGAUGGCGUUCACAUUCUUACGUCAACAAGGUCAGGGAACGACUCGAGAACUGGGGUUGUCGAAUAAGAACUGAUUGUGAGGUGUCUUCUGUUGUGUCAGCUGAUGAUGAAGGUUGCACCGUAGUAUGUGGAGAUGGUUCCGAAGAAACGUAUAAUGGCUGCAUAAUGGCUGUUCAUGCUCCAGAUGCGUUGAGAAUACUCGGAUGUCAAGCUACAUUUGAUGAAUCGAGAGUACUCGGUGCAUUCCAGUAUGUCUACAGUGAUAUUUUCCUUCAUCGUGACAAAAGUUUUAUGCCCCAAAACCCAGCAGCAUGGAGUGCUUGGAACUUUCUUGGAAGUACAGACAGCAAAGCAUGCCUGACUUACUGGCUCAAUGUGCUUCAGAACCUUGGUGAGACCACUUUACCUUUUCUUGUAACACUCAAUCCGGAACGUAAGCCAGAACAUACAUUGCUUAAGUGGACAACUGGUCAUCCAGUCCCAUCUGUUGCUGCAUCAAAAGCUUCACUUGAGCUUAAAAGUAUUCAGGGAAAGAGAGGAAUUUGGUUUUGCGGAGCUUAUCAGGGUUAUGGCUUCCAUGAGGAUGGACUAAAGGCAGGCAUGAGUGCUGCACACUGUGUGCUAGGAAAACAUUAUGAAAUUUUGAGCAAUCCAAAACACAUGGUACCGUCGUGGAUGGACACAGGGGCGCGACUUGUUGUUGCUAGAUUUCUAGGACAUUAUAUUUCUACUGGCAGUUUGAUUUUACUGGAGGAGGGAGGAACAAUGUUUACUUUUGAAGGAACCAAGAAAAACUGUCAUCUGAAAACUGUUUUGAGAGUUCAUAAUCCCCAGUUUUACUGGAAGGUUAUGACACAGGCUGAUUUAGGCCUUGCAGAUUCAUAUAUCAAUGGAGAUUUUUCGUUUGUGGAUAAAGAAGAAGGUCUUCUAAAUUUAUUUAUGAUUCUUAUUGCCAACAGAGAUCUUGAUUCUUCUGUCUCCAAAUUAAACCAGAAAAGGGGUUGGUGGUCACCAUUGUUACUGUCAGCUGGCAUUGCAUCCGCAAAGUAUUUCUUUCGCCAUGUAUCAAGACAAAAUACUCUUACACAAGCUCGCAGGAAUAUAUCUCGUCACUACGAUCUGAGCAACAAACUUUUCGCUCUGUUCCUGGACGAAUCAAUGACAUACUCAUGUGCCGUAUUUAAGAGCGAAGAUGAAGACCUGAAAGUUGCCCAAAUGAGAAAAGUUUCUCUUCUGAUUGAGAAAGCAAGAGUUAGUAAAGAACAUGAAGUUCUUGACAUUGGAUGUGGAUGGGGAACCUUAGCCAUUGAAGUUGUCAAACGAACGGGAUGCAAAUACACAGGCAUUACUCUCUCCGAAGAGCAACUGAAAUAAGCUGAAAUGAAAGUGAAGGAAGCUGGCCUUCAGGAUCGUAUCAGAUUAUAUCUCUGUGACUAUCGCCAACUGCCUAAAACCGACAAAUAUGACCGAAUUAUUUCCUGUGAGAUGAUUGAACAUGUAGGCCAUGAAUUCACGGAGGAAUUUUUUGGUUGCUGCGAAUCAGUACUGGCAGACAACGGGCUUCUUGUUCUACAGUUCACAUCGAUACCGGACGAGCGUUAUAACGAGUUUAGGCUGAGUCCAGACUUCAUGAAGGAAUAUAUUUUCCCUGGUGGAUGCCUGCCUUCAUUAAGUAGGAUAACAUCAGCCAUGGCUUCUGCUUCCAGACUCUGCGUGGAGCAUGUGGAAAAUAUAGGAAUCCAUUACUACCAAACACUCCGGUGUUGGAGAAAAAAUUUCAUGGAGAAACAAAGCAAAAUUCUUGCUCUGGGAUUCAACGAGAAGUUCAUUCGGACAUGGGAGUAUUAUUUUGAUUAUUGUGCAGCCGGUUUCAAGUCUUAUACGCUCGGAAAUUACCAGGUUGUAUUUUCACGUCCCGGGAACACAUCAGCAUUCAGUAGUCCAUACAAAAGCUUUCCUCCGGCGUGUUGAAGCGAGACCAUAUAUACUUUCUCGCUCAAAACCUGUCAGAUCAUUAUUGCCGGAUUAACUUAUCAUUUUGCUGUAACAGGAGUUACCGUGUGUUUUGCUUCUAUUGGAUUGUUUAAUUAGAUUACGAUAUUCGUUUCUUGACAUUCAUGUUGCUUCCAUCAUAAUACACAAGAUUGAAAAGGAA